AUGUCAGCGCCAUCGUUUCCCCCGCUCAAGGUGAUCGGCGCCGAGAGCCUCGCCGUGUCCUAUAUCGACUGUCAAGCCGUGCAUGUGGUGGCCUUCAACGCCAAAGGCGAAGUGGCCAUCCUGUACGCCAAGCGGGAGAGCUACUACAAGCUUCCCGGCGGCGGGAUCGAGCCCGGCGAAGACCAUAAGACAGCCGCCAAGCUGUCGUACUGCUACGACGCCGACCUGGUAGACGGCAGCGGGGAGCCCUCGCUGACUGAGGAGAUCGACGACGGGCUGGGCCACUUGUGGGUGCCGGUGGAAGAGGCGAAGAGGCUGGUAGCGGCGGCUGGGCCGAUUUCCGACUUUGGAAGGCCCGUCAAGGAGCGAGAUAUCUAUUUGCUGGAUCGGGCGACGAGAAAAGAGUCUGGAUACUCGGCGCCGCUGUUGUGA